UAUUGCAGUAGCUUUUCUAACAAUGGGGGAGGUUGUCUCAGAGGCGGAAGUUUUAUCAGUCCUUGGUUGCAACAAAUGCUGAAGUGUAAUUCUUUUGUUUUAGGGUCUCUUCCGGUGCUCUCAGAUUCUCAAACCAAAGCACCACAUGAUGGACAUUAUAAAAUUGGGUUUGUUCUCGCUUUAGAGGAGGAUGAUACAUCUGAAGGGGUUGAAAACAUUAAAUAGUCAAGAGACGACUAUAAGAUGAUGAUUUAAUAGGUAUUUGGAACCAGUGGUAACUCCAUUAUCAGGUAAAUGGUUAGUUGACCCGAUCUAAAAACUUAUUUUUUUUCGUGUACAACAUUUUUUUAUAAAUAGAUAACUAAUUGAAUUUAAGAAAUAUGUUAAUAUACUGAUUAUAUUAACGAUUUUAAGUUCCUCUAAUUUUAAUUUAAAUAUAUUGAACACUAAGAACUUAUGAUGAUGCAAGUUGUAUUAAUGGUUUAAUGUGAAUAUAUAUAUAAUGCAUAUAAAGUAAGAAAGUAUGUACCUUUUCCUUGAGCUCUAUCGAUUUGUCUAUUUCUUGCGGACGUAGAUGUGUUAGGUCCUGUAAUCAAACUGGUUGUUGGUUAGUCUACAUAAUUAAUUUAUUUUAAUGUGAAGCUGUAGUUGUACUAUUUGGUGCUUGCCUUCCAUCCUUCUUGAAACCCGACCCGGACCCGCGGUUGAAUCGGUAAACCCGAUGAUUCAGAAAAAAUCUUGGAUUUUAUGAAAAACCCAAUAUUUAAAAACCCGUAAAAACUCGUAAAAAUCCAGUAAAACCCGGAAUCCGAUACCGGUUGAACCACCGGUCGAACUAAUAAAUAACUUUUACUUCAUUUUUUAAAGUUUUUGAUUAAGUUUUUAGAUUAUAUUUUAUAUUCUAAAUUUACAAUUAAGAAGUUAGAUGCUGACAAAAAAAGUUAGGUUUUUCUUUUUCAGUUUUAUAUUUGUGAUUUUUAGAUUUUGAUGAAGAUUUCAGUUUCACUAUGCCACCUGAAGAAAAUGAAGUGAACGAUUGUAGAGAUAACUAAAAUUAGUUGAUGUGAUUUGGUGUUAGUUUAUUUCCGUUAUCGACAUUUUAUUACAAUAAUUUUUUAUUUUUGGUUUAUUUUGUAUUUGAAGUUUAAUUUAUUAUUCAAUUAGACAUUUAAAUAUUUAUAAAUUUUAUGUCUUGAUUUUUGAGAUGUCGUAAAUCUUACUUUGUUGGAGAAAAUUUUAGAUAGUCUAAACUACUUUUUGAUAUUUUGUAUGUCAAAUGAAAAUAAAAAUAUAAAAAUAAAAGUAAAGUAUUUUCUAAAAGUUUUUAAACAUAAAACAUAUACAUAUCCAAACUAUUAUUUUAUGUUUUUUAAAAAAAAUUAGAAAAUUAAAACUUUAGUUUCUAUUUUUUUUAUUGUACAUAGUUGAUAUAUUAUUAUAUAAUAAAAUUUAUUUAUUUAUUAACCCGCAGUUCACCCGCGGUCGACCCAGUAACCCAGCAACCCGGUAAAUCGUCCGGUUCAGUGUCCGGGUCGGAUUUAAAAACAUUGACUUUUAGAUAGCAAUAUUGUCCUUCGCAUGCCACGUGUAUUUUUUCUUGACACUGCAUGGAUUUAAAUUUUAAAUGUGUGUUAAUAUUCAUCUAGUCAAUAAAUACACGCACAUACUUCACAGCCACUUACGGAGGGAACAUUUUUUCCCAUAAAAGCAUUAUUAGUAAAAUAUAUGUACGAAAUUAUCAAUUAAUUAUAUAUAUAUAAUAUAUUUAUAUAGUAUUAGUUUCUUGUGAAUAAUAGAUGGAUAACUCACAGUCAAAGAAUUGAGGGGCGAAAUGUUGUUGCAUAAUUUCCGCAGAUGGAGCUGUCCGCAAAAAAGUUGAUUAAAUAAAUGAAUAAUUGUAAUUGUUUGAUCAAUUAGUGCGAGACAUGUCUCUAUUAAAUUUUGUGUAUACCUUUCACUUUAUUCCGUAUCUCUAGCGGCCCGUCCACGUUUUCGUGUCACCUUGUUCGCAUUUGAUGACUCUGAUAUUAGAAAGAAAAAUAUUUUGUUAUUUUGACUGUGGGUACUGAUGGAAAACUAUACCAUGUGUCAACUACUAUUGGUUAGGCUUUCUUAUUCAACUACACGGAAUACACGUUUAUAUAAAAUACCAAAAAUUGAUUUUUACUAUUUUGGGCUGAGAAUGGGGCUUUAGGGCCUUUGAUCAAAAUCAAUCGAUAACGUUAUUAAAUCCACGCUUCAAAUAGAUAAAAACUGAUAGGAAUCAGAGAACUCCAGAUGUUUUAGUAGGCUGGUGAGAAUGGUUUAAAUGGGCUGCGAGAUGUGUCAAAUGGGCUGCAAAGGUGACUAAAUUUUUUUAAUUUCAAACCCAAUCCGAAAUGACAUGGCUGAAUGAUUGGUGAUGAUUUUUUUUGCCUAUGUGGCAGUGUUUAGGGAGCUUUAAUUUAGUCUCUUUUAUAUAGUAGGAUUGCCUCCUUCAGCAAAAAUGUAUGGGGAAGUGUUUGUGAAUGGUUCAAAAUCACAUGUGCCUUACGGAUCCUAUGGAUAUGUUGAGAGAGAAACACAACUGAUUGGAUCUCUAACAGUACGUGAGUUUCUGUACUACUCAGCGCUGCUUCAGCUUCCAGGUUUCCUCUGUCAGAAAAGGAGCGUUGUGGAAGAUGCGAUUCAGGCCAUGUCUCUCAGCGAUUACUCAAACAAACUGAUUGGUGGUGGUCACUGUUACAUGAAGGGUCUCCGGAGCGGUGAAAGAAGACGUGUCUCUAUUGCUCGUGAGCUUGUGAUGCGACCUCAUAUCUUGUUUAUUGACGAGCCUCUUUAUCAUCUUGACAGUGUUUCGACUCUGCUUAUGAUGGUGACACUCAAAAAGCUUGCGAGCAUGGGAUGCACACUUGUGUUCACGAUUUAUCAGAGCAGUACAGAAGUGUUUGGUUUGUUUGAUAGAAUCUGCCUUUUAUCAAAUGGCAACACACUCUUCUUUGGGGAGACACUAGCUUGCUUACAGCACUUUUCAAAUGCUGGAUUCCCAUGCCCGAUUAUGCAAAGUCCUUCAGAUCAUUUCUUGAGGGCUAUAAACACAGAUUUCGAUAGGAUUAUCGCAAUGUGCAAGAACUGGCAGGACGAUAAUGGUGACUUUUCAGCAGUGAAUAUGGAUACUGCUGUUGCUAUUCGCACCCUCGAGGCUACAUAUAAAUCAUCUGCAGAUGCUGCUUCUGUUGAGACUAUGAUCUUCAAACUUACCGAAAGGGAGGGAUCACAGCUUAAAUCCAAGGGAAAAGCUGGUGCUGCUACACGUGUUGCAGUGCUCACUUGGAGAUCGCUUUUAGUCAUGUCUAGAGAAUGGAAAUACUAUUGGCUCCGUCUUAUUCUCUACCUGAUUCUUACACUUUUUAUUGGAACAUUGUAUUCUGGCUUGGGACACUCUUUGUCUUCUGUUGCAGCAAGAGUUGCUGCUGUGUUUGUUUUUGUCUCCUUUGCCUCACUAUUAGGGAUUGCUGGAAUACCAUCGCUCUUAAAAGAAAUCAAGAUAUAUAGAAGUGAAGCAUCGAACCAGCAUUCGGGUGCUUUUGUCUUCAUACUAGGACAGUUUCUGGGAAGCAUACCGUUCUUGUUUCUCAUCUCCAUCUCCUCAAGUCUUGUCUUCUACUUCAUGGUCGGAUUAAGAGACGAUAUCGGUUUGUUGAUGUACUUUGUGCUCAACUUCUUCAUGUGCCUUUUGGUGAACGAAGGAUUGAUGCUCUCCAUCGCUUGCGUUUGGCGAGAUGUUUACUGGACCACUUUGUCUCUCAUCUCCGUGCACGUGAUCAUGAUGCUUGCUGCAGGUCACUUCAGAAUCCGUAACGCUUUGCCGAAACCCUUAUGGACUUACCCGUUGGCUUACAUCUCGUUCCACACUUACUCCAUUCAGGGUCUUUUGGAGAACGAGUACAUUGGGGAAGUGUUUGCUGUUGGAGAAGUGAGAAGUAUAUCAGGUUACGAGGCGAUAGGAGGAUAUUACCAGAUAGCUGCAGACGCGAACUCUAAAUGGAGGAACAUGCUUGUGUUGUUGGCUAUGGCUUUUGGCUACCGUCUUAUUGUUUAUGUUUUACUGCGUUUUGGCCUAAACAAGAAUGUGUCUAGUCGUUUACUGCUUUCUCAUAGGAAGAAUAACAGUUAGUUCUAGGCAGAUGGUUGAUGAUUUUAGAUAAUAUUUUAGUCUUUUUUGGUAGUUUAAAAAGAAACUGUUAAAAGUUUUGGUUUGAAUUUUUUUACAUUGAUUUGUAC